AUGACGUCCACCGGGGGAGGCCCUCAGGGGCAGCGCCCACUGUCAGGCUCGAGUCUGCCCGGCAACGUCCAGUGCAACGAGGAAUUCCCCGAGUUUUGUUUACACGACCACUCGGCCGGCACCAAAUCCACCACCGGCAGCCACACCUCUACAUCUUCACCCGCCUCCACGACCCCGACCACACCGACCAACACCGAGCACUCGACUCCAGAAAAGUCCUCCCCCGACUCGCGUUUCCGUACAAACAGCUCCGCCAGCACCACACCGAGCCCGCGAAGCCGACGAGACAAAAAGGAGUUGCAUGCGCAGCGCCUGCAGAGAUCUGGAAGCAGCAGCCUCGCUUUAACUCGCAAGGAGAGCGUCGCCAAGAAGAACCGAUUCCGCUCUGCCACCGGAUCCUCCCCCGCCGAUGCCCUCGCUGCCAUUGAGCCGCCGCAUGACCAGGGCUUGACGAGAAUGGCGUUUGCUGAACAGCAGAAAUGGAUCACGGUCCAGCAAAAGACCUUUACCAAAUGGCUCAACACCAAGUUGGAGGCUCGUUCACUCGAAGUCAAGGAUCUCGUGCGUGAUCUCAGCGAUGGUGUUAUCCUCAUCCACUUGCUAGAAAGCCUGUCCAACGACACACUGGGACGCUACGCGGCGAAGCCGAAGCUUCGCGUUCAACGAUUCGAAAAUGUCAACACCGGUUUGGAUUUCAUCAAGUCCAGGGGCAUUCAGAUGACCAACAUCGGUGCCGAGGAUGUCGUCGAUGGCAACCAGAAAAUCAUCCUUGGUCUGAUCUGGACACUCAUUCUGCGGUUCACAAUCAGUGACAUCAACGAGGAGGGUAUGACAGCCAAGGAGGGCUUGCUCCUGUGGUGUCAAAGAAAGACAGCUUGCUACGACGAGGUGGAGGUCCGCGACUUCAGCGGCAGCUGGAACGACGGUCUCGCCUUUUGCGCCCUGCUCGAUAUUCACAGACCAGACCUGAUCGACUACGACGCCCUCGACAAGUCGGACCGUCGGGGAAACAUGCAGAUGGCUUUCGAUAUCGCGCACAAGGAGAUUGGUAUUCCUAAGCUGCUGGAUGUUGAGGAUGUGUGUGACGUUGCCAAGCCCGAUGAGAGGUCACUCAUGACCUACAUCGCCUACUGGUUCCACGCCUUCUCUCAGAUGGAGAAGGUCGAGAAUGCGGGACGUCGCGUGGAGAAGUUUGUCAACAAUAUGGCUGGCGCUUGGGAGAUGCAAAGCGCGUACGAGAGGCGCAUGAGAGAGCUUCUGAGGCAGAUCAGGGAGCAGGUUGAGAAGUGGCAGCAGGCUACAUUUCAAGGAACGUAUGCCGAUGCCAAAGCUCAAGCCAACGAGUUCGCGGCGUUCAAGAGGGGUAAGAAGAGAGACUGGGUUGCCGAGAAGAGCGAGCUCGCCACCCUGUUGGGCAACAUCAAGACGAAGUUGGGCACGUACAGGCUGCGGCCGUAUGACCCCCCACCAGAGUUGUCGCUGGAGACGAUGGAGAAGGAAUGGUCAACUCUGGCGCAAACGGAGAUGAGGCGGGCACAGCUGAUCAACGAAACCAUCAGAGACAUCAAGAACGCCCUCCGCAAAUCUUUCGCCGACAAGGCCAACGAUUUUGCCAUGGCUCUGAAUACCAUGCAACUGGCAAUCUCAGGUCUGGACGGUGAUGUUGAGGAUCAACUGCACCACGUCCGCAAGCUCAGCGACAACCUCCCCCCUCUCGACAAGUAUCUCGACACUAUUGCUGCAGUGGACGCCAAGUGCCAGGAGGCCAACAUUGAGGAGAAUGACUUCACCACUUACACCUACGAUGAGUUGGUCUAUGAGCACAGCCUAGUCAAGUCUUCGGUGCAGAAGAAGCUUUCCUUCCUCGACAACCAGAUGGUCGCUCGCAACAUGACCAACCUGACGCCCAUUCAGCUUGAGGAGUUUGAGUCUGUCUUCCGCCACUUUGACCGGGACGACACCAACUCACUCCAAGAACUCGAAUUCAGCGCCGCCCUUGCCUCCCUUGGCCUCGUCUUCUCCGAGGAUGAGAUGCACGACUACUUCAUGGAUACCUCGAAGGGCCGCGACCACGUCACUUUCGAGCAGUUCAUCCGCUUCAUGGUUGACGUGACCGAGGACCAAAACACCGCCGAGCAGGUCUUCCAGUCCUUCCGUGAGGUCGCCGAUGGCAAGCCCUACGUUACUGAGAUGGAUCUCCGCCACUCCCUGGUACCCGACGAGGUCAUUGACAAGCUCAUUGAGAUCAUCCCGCCGCACAACGGGCCAGACACCUCCGAGGACCGCGGCAUGCCGCAGUACGACUACAUCGCCUUCAUGGAGAAGAUGAUCAACGACGAGAAGGAGGCUGGCAAUGUGCCCAUCGGCGUGCUCCAGGAGCGCACUAACCGCGCGAGCACAGUGCCGCCCAAGGACCCCAAGUUGAACGGUAACCACUAG